UGUCGAAAAAACUUCCUGCUCUGCGUUGUGUUCAGAUGUGAUUGGUGAUUGAAAGUGGGGUUUACUGAAAUGUCUACAGAUCAGGAACGAACCUGGAACUUAACGUCAUUGUUUUGCUAUAAAAUAAAUACUAAUAUAUUUAGUCUCUGAGCGCAUCGAGAAAAUAGACCCCAGAUUGUACAACACGAACAGAAGGAAAGCUAGUAGGUAUAGCCUGAUACUUUGAGAGGUUGCAGCAGGGUUACUGAUGGAAAAUGGAUUGCCUCUGUGAAAUAGUUCAAUCUUUGGUCGCAUUAGCAGCUCUUUGUUUGAUCGUGGUUUUGGUUAUAGCACACAUCACUGCAGGAAUGGUAAACCUUUCUCGCCAUGAGAAGGAAAAAUACUUUUUAACUGCCUCAAGAGAGAAGGAAUGCUUUCCAAGCCUGCAUGAUCCUUGUUCUAGAGAACUCUCUGUAGUGAUCCCAGCCUACAACGAGGAGUUCCGAAUGCCUGUGAUGUUGGAUGAAGCUAUGGAGUACUUAGAAAACAGACAGAAACAAAUUCCAACUUUUACCUAUGAAGUCAUUGUGGUCGAUGACGGCAGCAAAGACAAAACCACAGAGGUUGCUUUGCGGUACACCAGGAAGUAUGGUGCAGACAAAGUUCGGGUUUUGACAUUGGUGCAGAACAGGGGGAAAGGAGGUGCUGUGAGGAUGGGGACUUUGAGCUCCAGAGGAAGAAAUAUUCUGAUGGCAGAUGCAGAUGGAGCCACAAAGUUUUCUGACCUUGACAAAGUAGAAGCUGGACUUAAAGAUGUCAACACCAACCCUGACAACAUGGCAAUUUCCUGUGGUUCCAGAGCUCACCUGGAAAAAGAAUCUGUCGCUCAGCGAUCUGUUUUCCGUACAUUCCUCAUGUUGGGCUUUCACUUCCUGGUGUGGUUCUUCUGUGUGAGGGGCAUCAAGGACACACAGUGUGGCUUCAAGCUUUUUACACGUGAGGCCGCACUGAGGACCUUCCCUUCUCUCCAUGUAGAAAGAUGGGCUUUUGAUGUGGAGCUUCUGUAUAUUGCCCAGUGCUUUAAAAUCCCCAUCGCAGAAGUGGCAGUCAACUGGACAGAAAUAGAAGGGUCCAAACUGGUCCCAUUCUGGAGCUGGCUGCAGAUGGGUCGGGACCUGGUUUUCAUUCGUCUGCGUUACCUCACCGGAGCCUGGAAACUAGAGUCAUCAGCAAAGAAUGACUAGCCAAUGAGGAUGAACCUAGUAUCCCUGAGACAGCCAAUGAUAGGGCCCUCAAACCUUUGUGUGAGGUGGGAUCAAACAACUGUGCCUAUCAUGUACUGUAACCAACAACAACAAAAGAAAUAUACAGCCUUGUUCUUUUCCUCUUCAACAAUCACAGGAGAAGAGGACGUGUUAGAGCACGGUUUGUUAAUUCCACAUGGUCCUGCCUUGUCUUUUUAUUUAGAUACUGGCUUGUGAUGGUCAUCGUUACAGAUACACACACGCACGCAAUUCUGUUGGCGUGACUCACAGAAUGUCUGUUUGAAUGAUUCCUCUGUUAAGUUACUCAAUGUUUACUUUGUUGCCAGCCAGUUUGAAGUGACUGAAGUGUGUCGUACAUGAAGAUCUGGUAAUUACUGCACUCUGACAGGCAGACACAAUGCUGUUGUUUGAGAUUUAAUAAUUGGUGGUAUUUUCUUCACAUAAAUGACUGAAAAUAAAAAUAAUUCCAAUGA